GUCGGGACCACCGGGCGGUGCGGAUGUCGUCACGCGUCUCGCGACGUCAACAUCUCGCGGUUUCGAUCGGCGCCCCGUAAGUUCUCCGUACCCAGUCCGUGUGCCAGUGACACUUGGCGGCUGCUGCGCCCGCGGCCAGGCAUGCGGGAGCGACGCUGAGGGAGAGAAAGAGAGAGAGAGAGAGAGAGAGAGAGAGAGAGAGAGAGAGAGACAUAUAUCCGCACAUCUGUAAACACGCGUACGGGCGCGCGGCGCGCGGUCAGCCCAUGUAAAUCCCCACCGAUUGCUGCCGAUCGUCGUCGUCGUCGCCGCUGCCGCUGCCGUUGACUUAUCGCAGAUCGGAUCGGAUCGGAUCGCGCUCGUACGUGUACACGCCGUGACUUUCGUCAAGUCGCCGAACGACGAUCGCCCUCCUUCCCCCCCGCUCGUCGCGCUUGACGUUACGGAAACAAGUUCGAGCUUCCGCGAUCGACCGGUUGGUUGCCCGUCCGCCCGCCGCCGCGAGCGAGGAAGAGCCGCGGACCUCGGCGCGGACGUCCGGGGACGGAAGUGCAUCGCAGUGUUUUCGCCUCCCACACACGUACAUACGUAUACGAAGUACGAGGGGGUACCCAGAGAGGCGAACGAACUGACGACCAGCCGGCGUGCGCGUCACAUUUUGCAUCAAGGGACGAUUUUUGAUUCAUCGACGGCGCGAGCAACUAACUACAGGAGCAGCCCGCGAUCGUCAUCAUCGUCGUCGUCAUCGCCACCACUGCCGUCGCCGGCCGUUGCGAGGAAGUGUGGCCAUGAAUAAUUCACUCGGCUAAAGCGGCCAGCAGCGGGAGUUUCUCCGAUUUCGAGGCACCGAGAGAGACUCUGAGGACCGAUCCGAGAUGGGCGAGCUUCUAGGAUCCGCGAGUUUCCUUCACCUCGGCGACAUUGUCAGCCUGUACGCCGAGGGAAAUGUGUCCGGGUUUCUUUCCACGUUGGGGCUGGUCGACGACCGGUGUGUAGUAUGUCCCGAGGCUGGAGAUUUGUCGACUCCACCGAAGAAAUUCAGAGAUUGCCUCUUCAAAAUAUGUCCCAUGAACCGGUAUUCCGCCCAAAAGCAAUUCUGGAAGGCAGCGAAGCAGAGUGCGAGUUCAGGCACAGAUGCUAUCUUGCUCAAAAGACUUCACCAUGCGGCCGAAAUCGAGAAAAAGCAAAAUGAGACUGAAAACAAGAAACUGUUGGGCACCGUGGUUUCCUACGGUAACGUCGUGCAGUUGCUGCACCUCAAGUCCAACAAAUUCCUGACGGUGAACAAGAGGCUGCCGGCGUUGCUGGAGAAGAACGCGAUGAGGGUUUACCUGGACGCGAACGGGAACGAGGGCUCGUGGUUUUACAUAAUGCCGUUCUACAAGCUGCGCAGCGACGGCGACAGCGUCGUCGUCGGCGACAAGGUGAUCAUGGAGCCGGUGAACGCGGGCCGCCAGGGCCUCCACGUGGCCGCCAACUACGAGCUGAGCGACAAUCCCGGCUGCAAGGAGGUCAACGUCGUCAACUCGUCCACCUCCUGGAAGGUGACCCUCUUCAUGGAGCACCGCGAGAACCAGGAGGAGAUCCUCAAGGGCGGCGACGUGGUGCGGCUGUUUCACGCCGAGCAGGAGAAGUUUCUGACCAUGGACGAGUACAAGAAGAAGCAGCACGUGUUUCUCAGGACGACGGGCAGAACCAGCGCUACCGCGGCUACCAGCAGCAAAGCCUUGUGGGAAGUCGAGGUGGUGCAACACGAUCCGUGCAGAGGCGGCGCCGGCCACUGGAAUUCGAUCUUCAGAUUUAAACACCUAGCGACUGGCCAGUAUCUCGCCGCCGAGAUUGACGCGGAUGAGCCACGAGAACCCGUGAAGGGCAAACGCGAUCCACCCGGGCCGGUCUUUAGAUUAGUGUCGGUGCCGCACAGCGGCGAGAUCAGCUCGUUAUUCGAACUGGAUCCCACGACUCUAACGCGGGGCGAUAGUCUGGUUCCGCAGUCGUCCUUUGUAAGAUUACAUCACAUAUGCACAAACACUUGGGUCCAUUCAACGAUCGUGCCGAUCGAUAAGGAUGACGAGAAGCCCGUGAUGUCGAAGGUGGGUUGCGCGACCAGUAAGGAGGACAAGGAGGCCUUUGCCUUGAGAUCCGUGUCGCCGGUCGAGGUGCGCGAUUUGGACUUCGCGAAUGACGCCUGCAAGGUGUUGACGGCGAUGAACAGCAAGCUGGAGAGGGGAACGAUCUCCCACAACGAGCGAAGGGCCGUCACUAGCUUGCUGCAGGACAUCGUGUACUUUAUAGCGGGAUUAGAGAACGAGCAGAAUAAAUCCGAGGCGUUGGAACUAGUCGUCACGAAUACCGUGAGGGAUCGUCAGAAAUUAUUGCGCGAGCAGUACAUUCUUGGCCAAUUGUUCAAAAUAUUGCAGGCUCCAUUCUUGGAAUCUGCGGAGGGUGAGGGACCAUUUCUUAGGAUAGAGGAGCUUAACGAUCCGAGACACGCGCCGUACAAAUACAUGUUUCGCCUGUGUUACCGAAUACUCAGACUUUCUCAGCAGGAUUAUAGAAAAAAUCAGGAAUACAUCGCUAAACAUUUUGCGUUCAUGCAAAAACAAAUUGGCUACGAUAUUUUAGCGGAGGAUACCAUUACCGCGCUUCUACAUAAUAACAGAAAGUUGUUGGAGAAACAUAUAACGGCCGCGGAAAUAGAGACAUUUGUGGGUCUCGUUAGAAAAAAUAUGCGGGGCUGGCAAUCGAGAUUUCUGGAUUACUUGUCGGAUCUCUGUAUCUCUAAUAAGAAAGCGAUAGCCGUGACACAAGAAUUGAUUUGCAAAAGCGUACUUAGUGAAAAGAAUAAGGACAUUCUGAUAGGAACGAAAAUGGUGAAGACCCAGGUGGAGGUUGAGGAUAUCGAUGAGAAGCAGGAAAACGCCGAACCAAGAAUCACUGUUAUCGAGGAGUUCGAAGUUGUAUUGACAUGGAAUAGUGGAGCUAAGUCAAUGUCUUUGAGUGAGUUGUCGAGAGGAGCGAAAAUGGGAAAUGUUCAAGACGCAGCAAUAUUAGACUAUUACAGGCAUCAAUUAAAUCUCUUUAGUAAUAUGUGCCUGAAUAGACAGUAUUUAGCAUUAAAUAAUCUAUCGCCACAUUUGGACAUUGAUCUUAUACUCAAAUGUAUGGAAGAUGAAACAGUGCCGUACGAAUUACGCGCAUCAUUUUGCCGACUGAUGCUACAUCUUCACGUAGAUAGAGAUCCGCAGGAGCAAGUAACUCCCGUAAAAUAUGCUCGCCUUUGGUCAGAAAUCCCGUCAAAAAUGAGCAUAAACGAUUACGAUACGAAUAAAAUGCCGGACGAAAACAAAGAGGCUGUUCGCACCAAAUUUAGCUCGACAAUCAUGUUUGUUGAGGAUUAUCUGUGUAACGUUGUCGCGAAGAUGUGGUCUUUCGGGGAUCAAGAGCAGAAUAAGCUUACGUUUGAGGUUGUUAAAUUAGCACGUGAUCUAAUUUACUUUGGAUUCUACAGUUUUAAUGAUCUAUUAAGCUUAACAAAGACGUUGCUUAGUAUUUUGGAUUGUGUGUCAGAGAAUGAAUCCACCGAUGGGAAGAUACCUACGGGUGAUAUUGAUUCUGAUACGGAUUCCGAGGAGGCAGCUGAAGGAGGUAUUCUCAGAUGCAUCGGCGAUAUGGGUGCCGUGAUGACAAAUUUAACAUUGGGACCAGCCGGUCAGGUGCUAGCCAGCUCUUCGCCAAGGCCAAAGCCGAUGAUGAAGAAGGAGUAUCCCUUGGUGAUGGACACGAAGCUCAAGAUAAUCGAGAUCCUGCAGUUUAUUCUGGAUGUUCGACUGGAUUACAGAAUCUCUUGUCUCUUGAGCAUAUUCAAACGCGAAUUCGACGAGACAGGUGCGUCGACGGCCGCGGAGAAGACCGGAGAUGUGAAUCUGGGACAAAAAGCUAUCGAUUUAGAAUCGAUCGGUACACAGGCGGAAGGAAUAUUUGGGAGCAGUGAGGAGUGCGCAGCGCUGGAUUUAGAUGGCCAAGGUGGCAGAACAUUUUUACGCGUCCUAUUACAUCUGGCUAUGCACGAUUAUCCUCCGUUGGUCUCCGGGGCCUUGCAUUUAUUAUUUCGGCACUUCAGCCAGAGGCAGGAAGUCUUGCAGGCAUUUAAACAGGUGCAGCUUUUGGUCUCGGACAGCGACGUGGAGUCGUAUAAACAAAUAAAGGCGGAUCUGGACAUUUUACGCCAGUCUGUCGAGAAAUCCGAGCUUUGGGUGUACAAAUCCAAGGCGACGGAGGAACAUGGGAACAAGAAGAAGAAGAGUAAGGACGAAGAGGAUGACGCGACAGCUCCUCGCAAAACACCUCUGUUGUCCACGUUAGAUAAACAAGGGUCUGCCAUCGACUUGGAUAUCGGCCCACCGUUACAUCCCGAGCAAGCGGAGGAGUACAAGAAGAUUCAGCAGAUACUAAUGAGAAUGAACAAGCUGUGCAUUCAAAAUCUGCCGGGCGGCCAAGUGAAGGCGCGCAAACACGAGCAGCGGCUUCUGCGCAACGUCGGGGUGCACACCGUCGUUUUGGAUCUGCUGCAAGUUCCGUACGACGCUAAGGAAGACGUCAGAAUGAACGAGUUGAUGCGCCUGGCGCAUGAUUUUCUGCAAAACUUUUGCCUGUCCAAUCAGCAGAAUCAGGUCCUGCUGCACAAGCAGCUGGAUCUGUUCUUGAAUCCCGGCAUAAGGGAGGCGCAGACGGUGUGCAGUAUCUUCCAGGAUAACUCGGUUCUCUGCAACGAAGUCGGUGCGAAGGUCAUUCAGCAUUUCGUACAUUGCAUAGAGACGCACGGGAAACAUGUGCAAUAUUUGAAGUUUUUGCAAACCAUAGUGAAAGCUGAGAAUCAAUUCAUUAGAAAAUGUCAAGAGAUGGUGAUGCAGGAGUUGGUUCAAGCGGGAGAAGAUGUUCUAAUCUUUUACAAUGAUAGAGCCUCGUUUAAUCAUUUUGUGGAAAUGAUGCGAUCCGAAAGACACCGGAUGGAUGAGAGCAGUUCUCUUCAGUAUCAUGUAGAGCUGGUGAAACUUUUAGCUUGUUGCACGAUGGGAAAGAACGUCAAUACUGAAAUUAAAUGUCACAGCCUCUUGCCGUUGGAUGAUAUUGUUACUGUGGUGUCACAUCCAGACUGCAUACCAGAGGUGAAAGAGGCGUACAUCAAUUUCCUCAACCACUGUUACAUCGACACGGAAGUCGAGAUGAAGGAAAUUUAUACGUCGAAUCACAUGUGGUCGUUGUUCGAAAAAUCUUUUAUAGUUGAUAUGGGCUUAAUUGCCACGUCUACUCACGAUCGACAGCAUGCGGAUACAGCCUUGGAGACUUACGUGACGAGUUGUUUAAUGAACAUCAUAUCCACAUUUUUCAGCAGCCCGUUUUCGGAUCAAAGCACCACUGUACAGAAACAUCUGCACGAGGCUAGACUAUAUUGGAACAUCAAGGAGUGCGAUCGGAAUACAGAUAAUAAUCUUUCUGGCUAUACAAGGCAACCUAUAUUUGUUCAGUUGCUUCAUGCAGCUUUUAAUGUAUCGCAAUGCGCGUGGUUAAAUGCUGGACAAAGAUUUAACGUCGAGAAUUGCAUACGAACACUGUCAGAUGUAGCUAAAGGAAGAGGUAUCGCCAUACCGACUGAUCUGGAAAGCCAGGUCGCUAAUAUGUUCAACAAAGCGGCUAUGCUCAGCAGACAGACCAGCAAGUGGUUGCAAGCUGCCAAACAACCAAAGAUCGAACGUAGUCAGAGUCAGAGUGACCUAUAUUGCGCGGAAGGCUCAAACAACGAGCUUAUGCGUCUAGAUCGCAGCAUUAUAGAAGGUCUGCAGGACAUAGUGUCUCUGUUAGAGGAACAAUUGAAACCGUUGGUGCAGUCCGAGUUGUCUUUGUUAGUGGAUAUCCUCUAUCGACCUGAAUUGCUGUUUCCUGCAGCAACUGAUGCCAGAAAGAGAUGUGAAAACGGUGGCUUUAUCAAGAGACUAAUUAAACACACUGAGAAAUUGUUAGAAGAAAAAGAAGAAAAGUUAUGCGUCAAAGUCUUAAGAACGCUCCGGGAAAUGAUGGCUAUCGAUCCUGAAUACGGGGAAAAAAACGAAGGUAUCUCGGAACAGACGGAGUCAGAAACGAAGGGCGAAUCACAAGUUGGAACAGAUUCCAAUGAUCAGUCUGAGAAUCGACAAUUGACUCAGCAAGAGCCGGGAGACGUAUUGAGAAAUAAUCUUUUGGCACGUUACUUCGGCAAGAGUUUUACGCAAAAUCCGGAGAACGUGGACAUUGGGGUGUCCCGUAGCGCGACCAUUACCCACGGUCCAGGAGCAAAGAUGUUAAGCCGGGCCGGUAGAACGUUGCACGAUGUGCAAACUCAUCUCGACCACGAAGGUGCUUCAGACUUGGUAGUAGAAUUGGUGAUUAAGAGCGUACACUCUCCGAGCAUAUUUGUAGAGGUCGUAGAACUGGGAAUUGCGCUCCUGGAGGGUGGAAAUCCUAUUAUACAGAAGAGUAUAUUUAAUAAGUUAAUGGGUGGCGAUUUAAGUCAAUCAUUCUUCAAAGUAUUUUACGACAAAAUGAAAGACUCUCAGCAAGAGAUUAAAUCUACUGUGACAGUAAAUACGUCUGACAUGGCGGCGAAAGCACACGAGGACAAGGAGGGCAAGGAAGUAGACAAGUUGUCGCGUGGAAAGCGUGGAUCAGGAAAGCCCAACGGAAUGGUGAUAACCGACGAGAUGCACGAGGAAUUGAAUCAAGUCGCGACGGCCAACGCACAGGUAUACGCAAACAUGCGCAAUGGUCUUGCGCUUAGCGACGACGCGGCGAACAACUCGUUGGACGACAUAAGCGAAAAGUCGGACAGAAAUAAAAGUGGAAAUUCGUCGGGUUCCGACAAGGAGGAGGGUCAAUUGAGCCCCAAAGUCCUGGUGAUGCAACCAAUUCUGCGUUUCUUGCAGUUGCUCUGCGAGAAUCACAACAGAGAAUUACAGAAUUUCCUAAGGAAUCAAAAUAAUAAAACAAACUUCAACCUGGUGUCGGAAACGCUCAUGUUCUUGGACUGCAUUUGCGGCUCUACCACCGGCGGAUUAGGCCUCCUUGGCCUCUACAUCAACGAAUUCAACGUAGCGCUGAUCAAUCAGACGUUGGAAACGUUGACGGAAUACUGUCAGGGACCGUGCCACGAUAAUCAAAAUUGCAUCGCCACGCACGAGUCCAACGGCUUGGACAUCAUAACGGCGUUGAUACUGAACGAUAUCAAUCCCCUGGGAAAGACCAGGAUGGAUCUGGUACUGGAGUUAAAGAAUAAUGCCAGUAAACUGUUGCUGGCGAUUAUGGAGAGCAGAGGCGACAGCGAGAACGCGGAGAGAAUUAUGUGCAACAUGAAUCCGAAGCAGCUCGUGGAUGUAGCGUGCAAGGCUUUCCAUCAGGAAUCGUUGGACGACUUCAGCGACUUCAACGAUCCCCUGACUGAAGAGGAAGGAGUAUCGCCCAAAGAUGUUGGGCAUAAUAUCUACAUCUUGUGUCAUCAAUUGGCGCAACACAACAAAGAAUUGGCAGUGAUGUUGAAGCCGUCAGAACAGAAUAAUGCAGAUCCAAAAAUUAACAAAGCACUGGAAUAUUAUGCGUCUCAUACGGCUCAAAUUGAGAUUGUAAGACACGACAGAACGCUCGAACAAAUUGUCUUCCCGAUACCGGAAAUCUGCGAGCUUAUAACCGAGGAUACCAAAAUACGAGUGCUGAACACUACGGAACGGGACGAUCAAGGCUCGAAAGUUUCCGAUUUCUUCGAGAGAACGGAAGACAUGUUUAACGAAAUGAAGUGGCAAAAGAAGCUUAGAGGACAACCAAUGUUGUUCUGGAUGAGCAGUUACAUGUCACUGUGGAGCAACAUUCUGUUCAACUGCGCCGUUCUUAUAAACCUUAUCGUAGCAUUUUUCUAUCCGUUUGUGGAUUCUGUGCCUAAACUCAGUUAUCAUCUGUCAGCUUUAAUUUGGACGGUCAUGCUCGCGUCUGCUGCCAUCGUUCUCACUUUGCCGAGGGAGUCCGGUAUACGUACGUUUGUCGCGUCAACGAUAUUGCGAUUGAUCUUCUCCGUAGGUCCAGAACCGACAUUGUGGCUGCUCGGUUUUGUUACGAUUACAUUAAAAGCUGUACAUCUUAUAAGUAUUAUAGGCAAUCAGGGUACCCUGACCAGAAGCGUAGAGCAAAUAAUAACGAAUAUCGAACUUUUGUAUCACAUGUCAUAUUUGGCGUUUUGCGUUCUGGGAAUCUUUAUGCAUCCAUUUUUCUAUUCAGUUCUACUCUUCGACGUAGUUUAUCGCGAGGAGACUUUGCUCAAUGUAAUAAAAUCCGUAACUCGAAAUGGAAGAUCUAUCAUACUCACGGCUGUGCUGGCCUUGAUUUUGGUUUACAUGUUUUCCAUUAUCGGUUUUAUGUUUUUCAAAGACGACUUCCUCGUUCCCGUGGACGAGGAGAUUAUAUCUUCCAUUGAGCAGACAAUCGCGGAUACUUGUAGCGCUGGCAACAAGGAGGAUUGUGAAGCUACGGAGACUGUGUCACGUUAUGCUAGCGAAGCAAAUGCACGAGAGAAUAAGCCCGAAAUAAUUAACAUCGGCGGAGAGUUGAAGGAGCGAGCGUGCGAUUCACUCGUCAUGUGUAUCGUUACCACGUUAAAUCAAGGAUUGAGAAAUGGUGGUGGGAUAGGAGACAUUCUGCGUGCCCCCGCCAGCAUUGAACCUUUGUUUGUUGCAAGAGUCGUAUACGACUUACUAUUCUUCUUCAUCGUGAUAAUUAUUGUUCUGAAUCUCAUCUUCGGUGUGAUUAUCGACACGUUUGCGGAUCUCAGAUCGGAGAAACAGCAGAAGGAAUUGAUCUUGAAAAACACUUGUUUUAUUUGCGGCUUGAACAGAUCGGCUUUCGAUAACAAAACAGUUUCCUUCGAGGAGCACACGAAACACGAGCACAACAUGUGGCAUUACCUCUAUUUCAUCGUCCUGGUGAAGGUGAAGGACCCGACGGAGUUCACGGGUCCGGAGUCGUAUGUUUACGCCAUGGUCAAGGAUCAUAAUCUGGAGUGGUUCCCGAGAUUGCGGGCCAAGUCAUUGGCGGCGGACGAAGGUGAGGGGGAACAGGUGGAAUUGAGGAGUCUGCAGUCGCAAUUAGAAUCCACGCAGAUGCUGGUUAAGUGUCUGUCCCAGCAACUUACGGAGCUUCGUGAUCAGAUGACGGAGCAACGAAAGCAGAAGCAGCGGCUAGGCCUUCUGAAUUCUGCUUCCGCAAUAUUGCAUAAUAUACCCUCGUAAAUUUAAGACAUGCAUAUAUAUUUUAUAUAGUCUUCCUCUUAUUCUGGACGAAUCUCAGUUUGAUACUCCAAGACAGUACCAUACGUAAAAAGAUAUUCGUGUGUUUUUAACUGGCAUUUAAAGGCACGAGAAUGUUUUACCGAGUGGGUGAACCCGAGGCAUUUUUACGGUUUUGUUCCUAAUUUUAAUGAAAGUAAAAUACGACGCUUAGGGCAUUAAGAUUAUCCAUUCUCCUUUUCACUGUAAAGGCUCUCGGCCCAAGUUUAUCGGCCAGUCACCAAGGAACUCGAAUACUGUAAAUUGCAUUGUCUAUCAAUUGUGUGAAUAUUGUUAUGCAUAUAUAGAGAAAUUUUAACCGUAUCCACAUUGAUAUACUAGAAUCAUGAUAAAUUACUUAAAAAACUUCCAAUUAUUAAAAUGUCGUAGGGUAAUAAUUCUAAUGUCUUUUAGAAUAAUCUCGUUUUUAUGUGAUCACUAUAUUACGUUUUGUUAUUAUAAUAUUUAUACGUAUCCAAAUGGAUAUAUUAAAUAUAGAUUAUAAUAUCGGCGUAUUAUAAAUUUUAUAUUCUCUUUUGCGUUAUUCAAGCGCAUGGUUGUGUUAUACGAAUUUUCUUUUGGUAGAUAAUAAAGAUUUUUUUUUAGUCUAGAAAUAUGAUUAAAAAUAUUUUUUUAAAAUUGUACAGGUUUUCUGUAUUAUAUAUUUAAUUAUUAUAUAUGUUUAGAUCAUGUCUGUUUAGUUCAGAACAAUUCCUGUUUUGUCGAUAUCACAUUCUUUAAUGGUUAAUUACAAAUGAUUAUUUUUUUAACUUUGUGUAUAAAUGCGAUGAAACACACAGAACAUUAUUUAACAUAUGUAUGCUUUAAUAUAUAUCUAAUUUCGUAAUGAUAAAACGCUCAAAUUUUAAUUUCAUAAAAAUCGUUGAAGUUGUAUCCUGCAAUAUUUAGAUCGACAUACAUUGUUAAUGACGAUUUAUAUAAGUACGGUUAGAUGAUAUAUGCAUAAUUGCGAAAGAUUGAAAUUUGCAUUUGGGAUAUCAGAUUGUUGAUUCAAUUGUUCACACACAAAGGCGAUCAUAAUCACGAGCGAGAUAUCACCAAUAUAAUUAACGAAAACAUGGUAAUUAAUAGGGAUCAAUGGACUCUAUCUAAUAUGAAUAGGAAAGAUCUUUUUGAAUUUUCAGAUUCUGAUGAACGAGUUUUAGAAUGUUGUUGUCCGACUAUUGAUUGUUAAUAUAUAAACUGAUAGUUGACAUAUUAUAAAUUUUAAAUCAAGUUGUGUUAUUGUAUUAUGAUAUAUAGAUGCAUUAAUUGAACAUUGCAUGCCACAGCGUUGUUAUUACGGAGUUAAAAUUUAACUCCUUUUCAAAGUAAUAUUCAAGAUUUGUGUCUAUAUAUAACGAAUAUAUAAUAAUAUAUAUAUAUAUAUAUUUUAUUUGUUUCCAUUGUAAUAUCGAAUUUAACGCAAUUGUAUAUAUUUUAUUAGAUAUUAUAUAAUCGUCUAGAAAAGUGAAACCGGUGUUACUUAGAGCAAAUUACUUUUUAUCCCCAUAUGUCAUUAAUUAUCAAUUGUAUGUAUAUCGAUCUCUCCUCAUUAUUCCUAUUUCUUUUUAUGUCAAAACGUACCAGAUUGUACGGUUACGAUCUUUAAAUUUAAAUAUGUAGCAAUUUAGUUAAUUCGAAGCUGGCGCUGUGUGUGUUUGUGAGUAUGUGUGUGUGUGUGUGUGUUGAUCACGCAUUUACGUCCAAUUGUUUUUUUUUUUUUUCCGUGCAGCGCCGCGAGAAUGAGACGCCGUGAGAGUAAACGCACAGCCCACUCAGAGUAAGCAAAAACGAUCAUAGUAUUGAUCGUUUGCCCUCUCGCUCUUAUCUUAUAUAUAUAAUAUCUGUAAGAUAUGUUAUAUCUUAAGAUAUGUUACUUUAAAUGUCUUGUCUCAUACAGUCGUUUUUACUGUGUAAUAUACAUUAUGUAUGUAGAUUACGUUCAUACUUACAUGUGAAUAAAUUAUGUUCUUUUU